CAUCUGGAAUCUAUCCGAGAGAUCUAGGCGAAUAAAGAAGGCAUCUCUAAAAGACCAUAGUGAAAGAAGAUACCAUGUUCUAGAAGUUAUGAAUAACUACAAUCAAAGUUUCAUGAUGGUGUCUGGAAAUAACCACCCUGAAGAAUACAGAAUCUCUUCACUUGUCUUCUACAGCUUUAUUUUCAUUAUCGGCUUACUUGUAAAUGUCACAGCACUCUGGGUCUUCAGCUGCACCACCAAGAAGAGAACAACUAUAACUAUUUACAUGAUGAAUGUUGCACUGCUUGACUUAAUAUUUAUAUUUUCCUUGCCUUUUCGGAUGAUUUACUAUGGGAAAGGCUCUUGGCUUUUUGGAGACUUUUUCUGCCGGGUUCUUAGUGCUUUCACUGUGUUUUACCCAAACAUUGCUCUGUGGCUACUAGCUUUUAUAAGCGUUGACAGAUACAUGGCUGUUGUGCAGCCCAAACAUGCAAAGGAACUCAAGAACACAACCAAAGCUCUGAUAACGUGUAUAGGCCUUUGGAUAACAACUCUUGCUACAACUUCUCCACUGCUAUUUUUAUAUUCAGAUCCAGAUAAAGCUUUAAACUUCACCACUUGCAUUAAGAUGAUGGAUAUAAUCUACCUAAAGGGAAUCAAUGUGUUAAAUUUAUCUCGGCUGACUUUUUUCUUCUUGAUCCCCCUAUUUAUCAUGAUCGGUUGUUAUCUGGUCAUCAUUCACAGUCUCGUUCAUGGAAGAACUUCCAAGUUGAAGCCUAAGGCGAAGGAGAGGUCAAUCAGAAUUAUUGUGACACUGAUUAUCCAAGUGCUUGUGUGUUUUGUACCAUUUCAUAUUUGUUUUGCAUUUCUAAUGCUCAAAGAUGGACAUGUGAGCUAUAGCCCAUGGGGAGCAUUUACUACCUUUCUUAUGAAUAUGAGCACAUGCUUAGAUGUUAUUCUGUAUUAUCUUGUUUCUAAACAAUUUCAGGCCAGAGUGAUCAGUGUCAUGCUUUAUCGCAAUUAUCUUCGAAGUGUACGGAGGAAAAGUUUGCGAUCUGGGAGCAUGAGGUCAUUAAGUAAUAUCAACAGUGAGGUGAUAUAACAAGAAUAAAAUAAUAUAAAAUAUAGCUAAAGGACUUGAAGAAUAAGAAGUAUGACAAAGCUUAAAACAAAUUAAAAUAAAUGUUCUGCUAAUUACAUUGUGGCAAAGGAGAAAAUAAUAGCUCUCUCGCUCUCCCCCCCCUCUCUAUAUAGAGAGAGAGAUUACUCUAGCUCAAAAUGUGCCAAGUUUCUUGCCUAUUUAAUAAAUUUCAUUGUGUAUCAUUA